AUGUCAGGGUGGGCAAGUGAACCAAUGGGAAAACCCAAGUCAGGAUGGGGGACAAAGGAUAAUAACAUUGCAUCCAAGAUCGGAAUGGAGCAAAACAAUAAUAUGUGGGAUGAGAAGGUCGAAGAACUUGAUAUUCCAGAGCUAGAGGCUGACGCUGAGCCUGUUGCUCAGGACGACAACACUAUUCCACCCGAGAUUGAUAAUAAAAUGCUCGGACUUGAAGAUCUAGAGAAGGAUAUGGUCCAUAAUGUUCCCUCCCAGAUCGAAGAAGGGGUUGACUUAAGCAUUCUUACAAGCGUUAUAAGACCAAUCGCUGACUUAAUUGAGGCUGAUAUUAAGUGGGAUUAUAAAUCAUUACAAGCAGAAAUCGGGCAAGCAUAUCGAGAAAAAUUUGCUAAAGAAACCAAGGAGGCUGAGUCAUAG